CGAAAAACAACAACGAAAAACAACAACGAAAAACAACGAGAAAGUCAGAAACAACGAGAAAGUCAGAAACAACGAGAAUUGGGAAACAGAACAAAAUGACAGAGAAGCAAAGCGUGUCGCGGUUUCGACCGUGCAUUGAUCUGCACGACGGCAAAGUCAAGCAGAUCGUCGGCGGCACUCUGGCUGCGUCGGGAGUGACCACUGCAGAGCUCAAGACCAACUUUGUCGCAGAGCACGACGCGGGAUACUACGCCGAGUUGUACCGCACGGACGGGCUUCUGGGUGCUCAUGUCAUCAAGCUGGGGCCCAACAACGAUGCGGCAGCCAGACAGGCGCUGAUGGCAUGGCCUGGAAAGCUUCAAGUGGGUGGCGGAAUCACGGAUGCGAACGCGCGCGAGUGGAUUGAGGCCGGCGCUGCGCAAGUCAUUGUGACGAGCUGGCUCUUCCCAAACGCACAGCUGGCCAUCGAUCGGGUCAAGAGUCUCUCUCAGGCAAUUGGGCGAGACAAGCUGGUCAUUGAUCUCAGCUGCCGGCGGCGGCAGCACCCUGACACGGGUGCAAUGACUUGGUUUGUUGCGAUGGACAAGUGGCAGACCAUCACGUCCACCGAAAUCACCCCGGCCCUGCUGCAGGAGCUGGCACAGUACUGUGUCGAGUUUCUCGUGCAUGCUGCAGAUGUCGAGGGUCUCUGCCAAGGAAUUGACGAGGAUUUGGUGAGGCUGCUGGGCGCGUCGUCGCCCAUCCCGUGCACGUAUGCCGGCGGCGGCAAGCACAUCUCCGAUCUCGAGCUGGUAGAUCGUCUUUCCAACGGUCGGGUCGACUUGACAUUUGGCAGCUCCUCGGUCAAGUAUAGUGAUUGCGUUGCAUGGAAUCAGCGCCAUUCGGGCCACUAGAUUGAUUUGCCAAGUUUCGACAAGCGGCAAUCGAUUCAAUGUACAACAACACUCGUUCCAUUUUUUAAUCAAACUCUCUCCCUGCUCAUCUCUUCCAAUUCGACC